GGUUUUGAAUACUCAAGAAGUGGAAAUCCAACUCGCAGCUGCCUGGAGAAGUGUCUGGCAGCUUCUGAGGGAGCCAGAUAUGGAUUGUGUUUUGCAUCUGGGCUUGCAGCAACAACAUCGUUGACCUACCUCCUUAAACAGGGAGAUCACAUUGUUAGUAUGAAUGAUGUCUAUGGAGGAACCAACCGGUUUUUCAGUAAAUGUGCAGCAAAAAUGGGUCUGGACAUAUCAUUUGUGGACUGUAGUAAUAUCCAGGCGGUCGUAGACAGUCUGAAGUCAACAACAAGAAUGCUGUGGAUUGAAACCCCCACCAACCCCACCAUGAAGCUGGUGGACAUCACUGCCGUGUGCCAGGCUGUAAGGGCAGUAACACAAGACUGGCAAGAGAAGCCAUUUAUUGUUGUGGACAACACAUUUAUGUCUGCCUACUUUCAGAGACCUCUGGAGUUAGGAGCAGACAUGGUCAUGCAUUCCUUAUCUAAGUAUAUGAAUGGACACAGUGAUGUCAUAAUGGGAGCAAUCAUGCUCAAUGAUGAGGAACUGGCCUCAAAACUGAAGUUUUUCCAAAAUGCUUUAGGAGCAGUUCCUUCACCAUUUGAUUGCUAUCUGGUCAACCGAGGUCUAAAGACUCUGCCAGUGAGAAUGAAAGAGCACAUGAGGAAUGGACUUGCUGUGGCUAAGUUCCUGGAGACCCAUCCUGCUGUUGAGAAAGUUGUACACCCAGGUUUGCCUUCACACCCACAGUAUGAGCUUGGGAAGAGACAGAUGAUUGGUUAUUCAGGAAUGCUAAUAUUCCAUAUCAAAGGUGGACUGCAGGAGGCCAGAACAUUUUUAAAAUCUGUUAAGAUCUUCACUCUUGCUGAAAGCCUUGGUGGUUAUGAGAGUCUCUGUGAGCUGCCUUCAUUACAAACCCAUGCUUCAGUGCCCGAUGAGCAGAGAAAAGCCCUGGGUAUCACUGACUCUCUGAUACGCUUGUCAGUGGGUCUAGAGGACAUUGAGGAUCUCAUCCAAGACCUAGAUCAAGCACUACGAGCAUCUGUAAGUGACAAACCUCAACAUGGGCAAUUACAUUUUCGCCCCCUUUCAAUUAUUUUAGAUCAAAACUUAGUGCUUGUCUAA